AUGUCUGGCUUCUGCAAGCUGAACAAGCACCCUAGCGUGGAGUACCGCUGUGUUUCCCAAGAGGAAGGCACUAGAGAAUGCAAUGAAUUGGAACCACCGGGCACAAUAGUGCAACCUAUCUGUCGAUCUCCACACUACUACAACCACGGAGUCCUGGGCCCCAUGACAUGCAUCGACGGCCACUGGAACCACGUGGCCAUUUGCACACCAGAGUGUGGCAGAGUUGCAUCUGAGGGGGGACUCAACAACGUCCAGCUUCAAGGGCAUUGGCGCGGUGACCUGCCAUGGCACGCUAGUAUAUAUAGGAAAACUACCACACCCUUUCAGCAGAUAUGUGAAGGCACGCUUAUUAGCACAACUGUUGUUAUAUCAGCGGCCCACUGUUUUUGGACGGAGAUGAAGAAACUCCAGCCAGCUGAUAACUACGCCGUAGCUGUCGGCAACCUUUACCGCCCGUGGAAUGAGCCUAGAGACCUUCAUGCCCAGAAAUCCGAUGUAGAGGACAUCAAAAUCCCGUUACGAUUCCAAGGCGCAAUCACCAAUUUCCAGGAGGAUAUCGCCAUAUUGAGGUUGACUCAGGCAUUUCAGUACAAUUCCUACGUGAGACCUGUAUGUCUCGACUUCGAUGUUAACUUUGACAGUACACAAUUGAAGAGCGGGAAGUCAGGACAAGUGGCAACCUGGAAUCGACUAGGAUCAAACAAACUCGAGUAUCCAGCCCUGAAAGUGGUGGAAUUGCUCUAUAUGGAUAUCGACGAGUGCCUCGCUAAUAUACCUCCGAGUUUCAGGGAAUACAUCACUAGUGACAAGAUUUGCGCUGGGCAUGGUAAUGGUACAGAUCCAGCCCUAUGCAGAGGUGACGGCGGCGGCGGCCUAGUGUUCCCUGAUACAGAGCGUGGCAUAGAACGCUUUUACCUUCGCGGUAUAAUGUCCGUAGCACCAAUCAAUGACAACAGCGGUUGCAGCACUUUGAGUGGCUUCACGCAGAUUUUGAAGCACGAAAUUUUUAUUAAGGAACAUGCUCUAGGCGUCAUAUGAUUUCAACUAAGCCUUCUUCUAAGGAAAAUUCUAGUUAUAUCGAUAGAAUGCUACAGCUUAGAAUGUAAUGACAAUUUUUUUUUUGGCUAAGGCUCUACUCUCACUGGCGCAGAGUCGAAGC